ACCGUGCCUCCCAAUGCAAGCAGUUGCGCAAUCUUAGUCAACCUUUCGUUGGUGUUCCUCUCAGUGUCCACAGUUACUGUUUGUAUUUUCCACCUCCAAUCUCAGGUCGAAGGUGGCAAGACAGCUUACCUCAACGCACAGGUGUAUCUAAAGCAGCAAGGUAUAAUCGUGUUGUUGGCAACUCACCGUAUUGCCUAUGACGUAACCUUAACAAGUAAACCUUACCAAGUAGAAAUACACGUACGUUUCGUAUUCGUACGCGUUCACAAAACGUUUUGCAGGGUGGAUGGCGAUGCAACUUCGAUGUUGACCGUCCUGUCACAUGUUUGGUAGUUCUCAAGCUAAAACCAUUACGUUGACGAGUGUGCUCAGUGUAUUAGUGAGUUGGUGUCAUUUCCGUUCAAGGACGUUCCGAGAUGAAUAAUAGCAACACACACGCCAAGCGCAUAUUAUGCAAUAUGAAUAAUACUGUAACGCCUCGAGUCAAGAAUAACCGGGAACUCGUUGAUGAGUUUUUGGAUAAAUUUCGAGCAACGCUCACGCAUGAGGUAACGCCCGAUUCAUAUACGCUUCAUCUGAUCCAUGGUGGCAGUGCUUAUGAGAGUCUGGCGGUGGAUUACAAUGCAGAUUUUGAUAUCACGGUGUCACUCGGGAGAGACUUCGUCUCGGAGAAUUUCGACGUUGAACGUGACGAGAGUGGAUAUUUCAUUCUGGAAGCAAAGAAACAUAUGAGGCACUUGGAUUGUGAUAAUUUGCUAGACUCAUCAAAAUUACGGAGUGACCUAUUUGAUGCCAUAAGAUACCACGUUGAUAUGGUGGAGAUACCUGAUACCACUAUCACGCACAAAGAUGGUUUGUGUGCUUUAGCCGUCGAGUUGCAAGAAAACAUUGACCCCAAACGAAGAGUCUCCAUAGAUCUGGUUCCCCAAAUUCCCUUUCGCACCUGGGGUCAGUGUCCAGAUCUCUUACCCCUAGAAAAUAUGCCCAAAUGUCUCAGACAAUACAUUGACACAAUAAAUAAGAACAAAUCUCCGUGCAUGUUCUUUUCUCUCGGGAUUCCAAAGGCUUUCAGGUUCCCUAACUCUGACCAACUGUUCAACAUUUCGUUUUCCCUGCUAGAGAAGAAUUUCAUCCACAAUGAGACAGACAUCCGUGACAUGGUUCGCCUGGUGAAGUACAUUGCCAAGAGGCGCGAUUGGAAGGACCGGCACCACUUCAAGUCCUUCUAUGCCAAGAGAGUCGCCUUGAAGUAUUACGAGGAGCUCAAGGGAAAGGAACCUUGGGAUGGUUGUCUCCUUCUGUUGGAAGGCUUGGAAAAGGAAGUGGGAAAUGGCGUCAUCGAUGGAUACUUCGUCGGAAAUCAACCCCUCAGGGAAUGGGACGACGACGAGGUAAAAGAUUUCAUCAGGGAAAUUAGGAUUGUCAGAAAUAUGAACAUCUGGGAUAUCUAGAGAGAACUGUAUCCAACUCAACGUCUUCCACAGUUGUUACCAGAGGCCACAAAUUACCCUAAAUGGAAACCGAGGAAAGCCCUCUACUGAUUCUGACGUCGAAGAGCCAUGGAAUAUCAACUGCAACUGCCAUCCCAAAUUUCUGGAUGAGGCUUCUACACGAUCAGUCAACUGACCUCAUCCCCUCGGAUGAUCAAUGAUAUUUUAUAGGUAGUGCUUUACAAAUUACGGGCCGAUAGUAUUUCUUUUAGAAUAAGGGAAAAUAUCUUAUGUUGCUUUGCUUCAUAUACAGGCAACACUGUGAGGUAACAUAGGCAAAAAUUUUGCACAGUUUCGGCUGAAUGACCUCUAGGCCCCAGUGCUUGGCCUUUGGCCUAGCAUAAAUCUUAUAUUGUAUACCAUUUCAUUUUCUGGAUCUCUCUAGCUUGCAGCCCAAUCACUUCAAAUUCUCGUCAUAGGAGCCGAAUGGCCAAAAGUGUCCCAGUGCUUGUUUGGUUUGACAGCUUAAAUUUACAUCAGGUGAGGAGUAAUAAAUAACCUCAUUAUGGUUCCAUGACGGGAAUUUGGAACAAAUUGAUACUCGGAAGACAUCAUGACUUUUUUGGGUUUGGGAAUUAUAUAUUAGUUAGUAAGAUUUAUACAAUUAUGUUUGGUAUGAAUUUAAUUUCACUUUCAUAACUUCUUUAUACAAUUAUGUUUGGUAUGAAUUUUAUUUCACUUUCAUAACUUCAAGUUUGUAUGUUAGUGCUUAUUCCUGAAAUAAUUUUUGAAACCCUGAUUGUGUUUUUUCUCUCUCUUAAAACUUCCUGUCAUACUUUAUAGUUAACCUGUUGUUUUAUGCUACUUAUGUAUGGAAGCACUUGACUUAGCAACGAGAAUUCUUGGUGCUCCUACCCUGGCAACAAAAAGGUUUGGCUGCUUAUGACUUAGAAACGAGUUCUUCCUUGUGUCUUCCUAAUCAUUAAGAAUUAUUUCCUGCAUCUGCCUUAUAGCAACAAGAAUUCUCGGCCGUGUCUUCCUUAACAACAAGAAUUCUUGGCUGUGUCUGCCUUAACAACAAGAUUUCUUGGUUGUGUCUGCUUUAGCAACAAGAAUUCAUUUGUAACAAAAGUUCUGAAGACUAAUGAACGGGAAUUUUGUAAUUCAAAUUACUGUUGAGUGUUUGCACGAAAGGCUGAAGUGUAUUGGAAGAUCCAUAGUAAUAAGGCUGGUUGAGGUGAAUUUUCUAUUGGUUAGAACAAUAAUGGUUUACUGUUCCUCUUCUACACCUUUCUCGUCCUUAGGACCCAUCCUGAUGAAGACCAUGUACUCCUCCUCAGCCUCGAUUCAUUUAUUAAAAAGAAAAAAAAUUGCUUCCGGCUUAUCGCUUGACCAUUCACGUCAAACAUUUUCAGAGAAAAUAUUUGAAUUUUUGUGUUAUGCUUCUUUUUCAUCUUCAAAUGAGAUAUGUGACCCAUUUAAUAAUUGUACACAUAGAACUCAUUUAAGUUACUACAUUCAUUGAGUGAGGAUACUUAAAUAUCACAAGUGUUUGUCACCAAGCGUUGCAGAGGACUUUGCUAGUGGCGUUAUUUGAUUUGAGCUCUCCAACUCUCCUUCAUUAUUAUAUAUACCUUUAGUACAUAUUUGCCAGCAUCAGAAUAUGCUUGACCCGGUAGUACAUUUAUACAUAAUUGCAAUCGUACUUCCAGGGGAUGAUAACAGAAGUUCCUUUCACUUGCUUUCUAGAUCGCCUAUGUAAAACAGCAUGUUUUGUGUAUU